AGUCCUGGUUCUGAUAGGUUUAAUACGAUGCAGAUUGUAUAACAGACUGAGUUGAUGAGUGUUGUAGUGCGGGUACAUCCACCAGGAGAAUGUGUGACGAGCUCCAUCUUGUAACAGAGCAGGAAAUCCCACAGCUGCUAGCCUGGCUUGAGCAAGAUUUACCUCGGUCUUUCUUGCUGUACGGUGUUGUCAGGGUACAUAUCAGAACAAAAUGGCCAGGUUUUCAGUUCUACACCAUCGGGUGGCCAAACAUACAAGCAGCGGCCACUGGCCAUGUUGACGUCAACUGUGGGUGUGUUGAAUACUUUAACACAACCCCCAAACAUGUUAUAUACGCUCGUGACGUCAGCUCAGCUCAGGCAUUGCUGACAGUGCCAGGAAUUUUUGACUGGAACAAACAGGCACAAAUCCGUUAUCCGGCGGAUCUAGCCUCAGGAAUCCACCAACUGUUUCAAAACAAAAUUUCACGUCUGCCGAUGGAGCAGACGUUUUGCACCAUGAUGUCACAAGGCGAUGACGUCACUGAAAGCAGCCCAGUACCAGACGAUCUAAUUAUCUCCCCUCUCGACCCAAAACGUCACGCAAAAAUCGUCAACUCGACCUGGGCAUAUAAAAUGGACAACUCCGAGCUAUAUAUAGAACAGAUGAUUCAGCAGUUUCCUUCUUGUGGCGUCUUUGACAAGAGUGGCCAAUGUCUAGGUCACGUGAUAGGAACCGAUUCCGGCACGUUCGGAAUUCUUUACGUGGUUCCAGAAAUGAGACGUCACGGCCUGGGUCAGAUGCUGCUACGUGGGAUAUCUAAGGCUUACUUCGACCUUGACCUCCCGUGUGCGGCUUACUGUCACGUGGACAACGCCCAAGCCAUCCAGCUGUUUGAGAAGACCGGAUUCAAGAAGAGCACCGCCAUCAACAUGAUGUACUACCGUCCGUCUUGA